AUGUUCCUCAAUUAUUUGCUAAUCCUCAUACUUACCAGUACAGAUGUAUUAUGUGAAGAUAAACGUUUCAUUACUACGCUGAUGUAUUCGAAAUUAUAUGUGCAACAAACCAUAGUCAACGGUGACCCAGCUACUGUCGGUCAAAUACCUUAUUUUGUAUCCAUAAAGAGGCCGGAACGACAGUACAGCGAAGAAAAUAUACUCUGGAAAAAUUUGUGUGGCGGAAGUAUCAUUGGUGUGAACAAAGUUCUUACAGCAGCCCACUGUUUCGAAGAUUACAACUACCACUACUUGAACAACUUUAACAUGUUGCGCGUUGUUGCAGGGAACAUAAAGAAUUUCAUCAUAUAUUCCGGUAAAAACAUCACAGAACCAACUAACCAAUGGCGUUAUUUAAACAAAGUAGUGAUACACAGUAAUUUCAACUUUCCCAACAACGAUAUAGCGCUGGUUUUCGUGAACGAUUGGCUUUACAACGAUUACAUCACCUUCGUGAUACCGGCUAGUUUGGAUAUUGAUUAUCACAGACGAUGUCUUGUGGUGGGUUUCGGAAUUACAAGCCAUGGUCUCGCUGAGGCUGCGUCACACGUGUUGUUAGUUGCGUGGAUAGACGUCUUGACAAAGUGGCAGUGCUCUAUUCUAUGGGAAAUGAAUAUGAACGGCUUCAUUUGUUCAGAUUCGGCACUGACGGAUGUGGCGAGGGGCGAUUCUGGAGGUCCGUUGGUAUGUAAGGGCACUACUGAUCCAGCGGAACGGAGCGAUAGAGACUUGCUCGUUGGUAUUGUAAGUGGCAAGAGUUUCGACAUAACUACUCUGUACACUCGCGUGUCAGCAUAUCGCGACUGGAUCGCUCGGGAUGCAGGGUUUAAAUUGACAAGUAAUGCCUUAUUCUGUUUAAUUACAUGGUUUAUAUUAUUAUAUGUUUAG